CCUCUGUCAGGUGCUGAGCAGUAUUGCAGUUUGUGAAGACGUGUGUGAGUGUGUGAUGAUGUUCAGAGCACCACAAGUGUAUGAGAAACUGGAAUUUAGUCUGCAAUCAUACAAUAACACAGAACUGCUGGAUGCCAAGACUUUCCACCUUGUUCCUCUCCUGAGCUCCUCUUUAAGCAUGAGCAUCUCAUCCACGACUGCCAUGUUCAGCUGGUCUACAUUAGGUGAUGGAAAUGUCUUGGAUGUGUGUUUGGAUGAAGAGUGUUGGGUUGCAUCCCAUUUUCAGCCAUUCCACCAGGUGAAAGGGUUACAGCCUGGACAUCGUUAUAAUGUCGUUGUGAAAAAGAAAACAUUCUUCCCUCAUCUCCAAAUUAACGUUACACAAAGCCUUCAGAUGGCCAUAAAAACAGGUCAGUGUCUCGUUGGCUGGCUUGCUGUGGGGUGGAGCUGUUAUAAGGUGAGCCCAAGGUUUACGUCAUGGUCUGGAGCGAAGCAAAUGUGUGAAGGAUCAACCCCAGGGUCACAUCUGGCCAACAUACAGACAGAUGCAGAGUUUCUGUCCAUCACAUCCUACUUAAAGUCCUAUAACCAUCUUCUGCUGUUGUGGACGGCUUUGAAUGACCAUGAGACUGAAGGUGAACUCCGCUGGUCUGAUGGCUCUACCUACAACUUAAAUAUUGAAGUGACAUCGUCACUUGCACCCAAUCAAACAGGCUGCGUUGCGAUGCAGAAGAAUGCCACUGGAACAGGAUACUUCUUUACUGCUUUCCUGUGUUACCUGCAGCUCCCGUAUAUUUGUCAAGAAGAGUUGUUGCAGAGCAGUAGUGAAUGGCUGUACCUGGAGAGUGUAUGUGAGACAGAAGCAGCAUUUAUCUGGUCUAAUGAAUCUCACUUGGACUUGUCUGCUGGUUUUUCACUCGCUCUACAAUCAGAAGAUGAAUCAAUGGGUGGAACUCUGUCAAGUAUGCCACUCACAAACACUCAAAACAGAGUGAGAGUUCAAGGUCUCUCUCCUGGACACGUCUAUUUUUUCUCACUGGUUCUUACACGCCCCAGUGGGGCGUCUCAGACACUUGGACCCGUUUUCAUCGCCAAUACAAAGCCAAAUCCUCCUCAGAAUCUCACAGUGACAGCUGUUAAGUCCAAUCUGAUUGCAGUGUGGUGGACCGCCCCUGAUUCUACGCAGAACGCUCUGUUCAAGCAAUACAUCUUGCACUGGGUGGAUCUAUCCUCUGGCAGAGGCCAUUCUAUUCGGGUGGAUAAGACAAAUCGGAGCGCUGUGAUUGGUGGGUUGAAGGCGUAUCAUGCUUACAAGAUCAUAGUUUUGACUGUCACAGCUCAAGAUGUGGAAAGCAAUGACAGUAUGUCCAAGACUGUCAUUACAGAGGUUAGUCCUCCACGCAAGGUCUCGCUCAAGGUUGAUGCUGUGGGUCUGGAAAACAUGACUGUGUGCUGGUGGCCUUCACCUGAUGAGGAAGUUGAUGAAUAUUACGUCCGAAUAACAAAUCAGACCCAAACUAGAGAGUUCUGGGUAAAUAGCUCCACCUGCGUCCCUCUUUCACAGCUCAAACCAGGUGGGACAUAUGAAGUGGGCGUGACUGCAGUGAAGGACAACAACAGAAGCGCACCAGUUACCAUACAGCAGACUCUGAAACCUGAUGGGGUUCAGAUAGCUGUCCCAUAUGCCGUUGGCACACAUUCUGUGGUGCUGUUUGUGCAGAUGCCCAGAAACAGCAUUUACGACGGCAUCACCGUUACUCACCAGAACAAUCAAUCCUGGAUGCCAGUGUCCAAAGACGGCACCAAAGUGGUAGUUGGCAACCUGAAUCCAGGAACGCAGUAUAACUUUUAUGUGUUUGUGACCAGCAGAGACACAAGCAGUGACGGUUUUGCUUUACCACCUGUGAGGACCUGUUUGGCCCCUCCCACUCAUGUACAGGCUGGUGUUGUGACUGACAGCUCCAUAGAGCUCUUGUGGGACAGGGCUGAGGGGGAUGGCCAUCAUUACGAAGCGCUGUGUAUGAACUGUGCUGAUACUGUCAUGGUGCAGAAGGUCGUGGACACUAGAGCAGUUUUUAAAGACGUGAUAGCAGGAAAGUUAUGCAACUUUUCAGUCCGAACCGAGAAGGAAUUUUUCAGAGACAGUCCAGCAGUGAUUAUCGCCAUCAGAGCUGCUCCCAGUAAGGUCACCUUGUUGCCUCUGCAGAGGACAUCAGCAUCUCUCAGUGUGCGCUGGAGGGCAGGCCAGGGGGUCAGUGACUCAUUCAUCCUGUCCAUCAGAAACUCAACCUUUAUCCUGCAGACCAAUCAGAGUGCGUCUGAUGACAGAACAUAUCGCUUUGAAAACCUGUUGCCUGGAAGUGUGUAUACUGUUGAAGUGAGCAGUGUUAGUGGAGACAGGCGAAGUUUACCUGCUUCUGCAAUUGCUAACACACUUCCAGAACCUCCUGGUGACCUCACUUUCAUUGAACAAGAAGUGAGCAGAAUGUAUGUGAUAUGGACACACCCACCAGGCAGAGUGGAUGGUUACAGGUUUCGAUAUGGCCUCGCAGGUGACCUCCCUCUGCAGCACCAGGUUGAUCUCCAUAGAAACAGUGUCAGGAUUCAUGACCUGACCCCAGGAAGUGAUUACAGGUUUGAGAUCCAGUCCUUCCUGGGGUCAGAUUUCAGCCAGACCACAUCCAAAAACAUCUCUACUAGGCCAGCAGGUGUAUGUUCACUCACUGUGUCUCAUGUCAACGUCACGUCAGCCACAGUGGCAUGGGAACAAGCUGCUGGCUAUUUUGAUUUCUAUAAAGUGACCAUCAGUAACAGCUCUCAUAUCUGGACGUUAGACGUGAGUCCACACUUACAGGAGGUCACAGUCAAUGGCCUGUGGAGCAGCUGCUCCUACAACACUACUGUACAACGCUUCAGAAACCGCAUCAGUGGAACCGCUGCCACGAUCACCAUACACACAGUGCCUGCCAGUCCUGAAGGGUUGCGUGUGAUCAGCGUGUCACCUCGUACUUUCUCACUCCGCUGGCUGGCAUCACCUGGAUGUGAUAAGAACUACGUGAUCCAACUGCUUCCUGACCAUGGCAAUAUUACCAUCAACACCACAGCAGACAGCUACGUCCAGGCUCAAGUGUCUAGUGUAACCCCUGGAACAUCAUACACAGUUACGGUCAAUGCAGUGGCCUCGUCAGGGUUCAGCUCACCUGUCAGCCGAAUACUUGUCACAACUAUUGAGUCCUUACCUGCGGCCCCCUCUAAGCCAGAAGGUGAGCGGGUUGGUUCCACUGGAAUCCUGCUGUCCUGGCGGAUGCCGGUGCCCCUUGACCCCUCAAUUCACUCAUUUGUCAUCAAAUACAAGGAGAUGUGUCCAUAUCCCGACCCUACCUUCACUGAGGUCAUCAAGAGCCUGGACAUCCCAGAAACCCUCCUGAACACACUGACCCCUGGAGCAACGUACAACAUCAAGGUUGCAGCAGUAAAUAAAGCAGGAACUGGACCUUUUAGCCAAUCUCUGUACUACAAAACAGCAGAGGCCCCCCCUGGUCUGGUGUCAAACCUCACAGCGUUUGCUGAUGAUCACGCAUCGGUGUUAGUGACAUGGUUUCUCCCUGUACGCAUUAAUGGCCUUAUCACCAAGUUCGCAGUGAAAGUCAAACAUGCUCGAACAGGCCAGAUUGUCCGCACGCUGGAGCUCAAAGCAGAGGACAUCAUGAACGGAGCUCUGCCUCACUGCAACGAUGCAGCAGACAUCUUAUCUCGUGGAACUCCAAGCCCGUCCGAGUCUUCCCAGUUAACCUCUGCUGUGUUGCCCACGGUUACGCUCUCAGCCGUACCUCCCGCCUCCAUCUGGAGUGUUCCAAUCAGUGUAAAGAUUGAUGAGCUCCGCCCCUACACACCUUAUGUGUUUGAAGUCUCCGCCUUCACUAGCGAUGGGGAGGGACAGAUUGCCAGCACUAUGGUCCGAAUGCCGGAGGCUGCCCCUGAAGACCCGCCGCAAAACGUACUUUUAAGAAACAUCACUUCCAAAUCUCUGUCUCUAAUUUGGGACCCACCAAAGAUCACCACAGGACGUUUCAGUUACGUCAUCCAGCUCCACAGCUCUGAAGGGUUUAUUAGUGAGAACAGCACAAUCGAUCAAGCAUUUAUUUAUACUGGACUGACUCCAUACACACAAUACUACAUCCAUGUGAUGGCCAAAUCAGCGGGGGCCACAGGACCGGCAGCAGUGGUCAACAUUACAACACUGGCAGAAGCCCCGAGUGCUGUAUCUCAUCUGACAGCAGAGGCUGUGGACUCCACGUCAGUUCGUCUAUCCUGGAGAUCCCCGAGCCAACCAAAUGGCUUGAUAACCCACUAUCGGAUUCUAGCACUGUACCGUAGAACGCUUGUACAGGACAUCACCCUAAGAGGACAGAACGCUGUGUCUCAACCACUUCGUCGCAAUGCAAGGUCACUUGACGUCACCACAGCAUCUACGUUCACCCUCACCUCAUAUGGAACAUUUCUCACUUUGGGUCGCAGUUUUACCAACACUGACACGGAACUGCCCUCUGACCUUCCUCUGACUCCAAGCACUCCCCACACGUCUCCACCCUGGCUCACAGUCACCCACGAUAGAACCGAUGCAUCUGUUCAGGCUGAGACUGAGGCUGUAACUGAGGGCCCUUUGACUGAACUUUCAGCUCUCACUCUAGGCACUGACCAAUCGCCAGUGGAUAACUUAAGCCCCUCCCAGCCCCGUCGCUCCACUAGGGCGGUGGCCACAGACUACACCCAGCAGCAGACAAACCUCCCAACAAGAGAUGCCACUACCAUUGGAAUAGAAGUCCUACCAGCCAUUGAGGAGGCAGCAGACCUGUCGUCUGAUCAGCUCAUGUAUGUGGUUAGAAGACUGAGCCCUUUCACAGAGUACACAUUUAGCGUGUCAGCAAAAAACAUUAUUGGGGAAGGACCUUCUGCACAAGUUACAGUGAAAACAACUGAACAGGUGCCAAGCUCUGUUCAGAAUGUGUCCUAUCAGAAUCUUACCUCCACCUCUAUCCGGGUUAACUGGGAGCCGCCCCUCAACCCCAACGGCAAGAUAACGCACUAUGCUGUGUAUGCACAAAAUCUCCUUACAAACCAUGAAUUACGACAGAUGACAGACACUACCACUGCAGUUCUUACAGGUCUGGACAAGCACAGCAGUUAUAAGGUGCGUGUGGCGGCGUCUACAGCCGUGGGGGAAAGCCCUCUGACCGAUGAAGACUACAUCUUCGUUGUGACACUAGAGGAUGAGCCGGAUUCACCCCCACGGGAUCUGGUCGUAGUAAAAAACACCUCCUCCACCGCUACUCUCUCCUGGUCUCCUCCAGAGAAGCCCAACGGCAUCAUCCGCCUGUAUGAGGUCUCCUACACCAACGGCACAUACAGCAACACAGUCAACAGCACAUCACUCAGCGCCACACUGCGCUACCUGAAGCCGUACACACACUACAGUGUGACUGUCCGUGCGUUUACGCUGCAUGGACACGGGAACCAGAUUUCUGAUACUCUACAGAUGUUGUCAGGGGAGGAUGUGCCUGGCAGCCCACCUUAUGAUUUGACCUACGAGAGCAUCGGCUCCAGCGAGGUGAACGUGUCGUGGGCGCCCCCGCUUCUCGCAAACGGCAUUAUUCUGUUCUACAACGUGGAAUACUGGAACGCCACACACAGUCUGAACCAAACCACACAUGUGCCUUACGUUGUCCUGUCCAACCUGCGAAAGUACGCGCGCUAUCGCAUCAGCGUGCAGGCUGCCACACAGGUCGGCAUGGGCAACUACACGAGCGAGAUCCUGAACAUCACCACACUGGAAGACGUACCCAGUUCCCCUCCAAAAUUCCUAAUCGCCAGGAAAUUGUCAGAUACUGAGGUAGAGUUGUCCUGGAAACCUCCCGAGGAGGCCAACUCUGAGAUUUUAUACUACAUAGUGAGAGUGUGGAAUCUGAGCUCUGAGUUUGUCGCCAAUGUCACGGGAACAUCAGUGGUGGUGAGUGUGGAGGGGCUGGGUGAGUAUAAUGCUUCCGUCAGCAGCUGGACUCGACUCGGAGAUGGAGGGAUACUGAUUUACAUCACGUUCAGUACCAUAGAAUCAGCCCCAUCUGACCCUCCACAGAAUGUAUUAUACACACUACUUACGACCACUACAGUGCGUCUCAGCUGGAGUCCUCCAAAUGAACCCAACGGCAUCAUCCAAUACUACACUAUCUACUACACAGAUAAUUAUACAGAGUAUACGCAGAUGGUUCCGGGUUCAGAGCAGUGGCUGGUGUUGUCUGAUCUGAUGGCAGGACAGGAGUACAGUGUAUGGAUGAGUUCCAGCACUUCUGUUGGUGAUGGGGGAGUGUUCAGUCCCCAUCUAAACUUCACCACAUUAGAGGACGUGCCAAGUGGUCCAGUCCACAACCUCACAGCUACCAUCUAUAGCUCUACGGCUGUAGUGAUCAGCUGGGACCCCCCUUUGGAGCCCAACGGCAAAGUCUUCUACCAGCUGAGCUUGCAGGAGGCGGGAACGACCCACCCGUCCAUCAACCGCACGAUCAACAUCACCAUCUCUAAGACAACCACAGACAACAUCUACCUCUUCACCAAGCUCAGGAAGUAUUUUCCCUACAUCAUAAAAGUCACCCCAGCAACCAGUGCGGGAUCAGCUGUAAACCACACUGCAACCCUCCACCUUCGAACAGAUGAAGACGUCCCAAGUUCUCCGCCAUUGCCUGGAGCUAGUAGAAAUCUCUCCAGCACCUCCAUCCAUGUGUCGUGGUUCCCACCAGUGGAGGCCAAUGGCGAGAUUAUAGAAUACACUGUAGUUUUACAGGGUCCUGGGGCCGUCAACAGAACCUACACCUCUGAAACACACCUAAUUCUCUCAGAACUCACUCCAUUUACACCUUACAAUCUCUCCAUCGCUGCAGUUACUCGACAAGGUGUUGGCCCCUUUGUGAUUAUUCCACUACAUACUGAUGAAGCAGGUCCAAUGUCUCCACCACGCAAUCUGAGUAUUUUUAACCACACUGCGAAUUCAGUAUGGCUUCACUGGGAACCUAGUCCGGAGCCAAAUGGAAUCGUCCAGCACUACGGAUUCAGAAUACUGGAACUGAACACAUACACUUUCAGAUAUCAGAACUCAUCAGAUGCGUCUACACAAGCAGAACUGAGUGGCUUCAGACCUCAUAAUUCAUAUGAAAUCAGUGUGUGCACAUUCACUAGAGCAGGAAAUGGGGAUCAGUACAGCCUGCCUGUAAUGUUUACCACCAAUGAAUCAGUGUCAGAUGCAGUUGGAAAUCUGUCCUGCUCUGGGUUGGAUUGGAAUUCAGUGUACAUGGAAUGGGAGCUUCCGAUUCAUCCUAAUGGAGAGAUUCUGCACUACCUCAUUCGCUCUGGAAAUCUGGAGGAGGAGGCCCAUCCUCUCACACUCACAUACACAGUGGCGCACACUUUCACUGGCCUGUCGCCUGACGUUUUCUAUGUUAUCAGCGUGGCUGCAGUAAAUUCAGCCGGAAUAGGGGAGGAAGCCAACUGCACGGCACACACUCCACCAGAGUCAGUUCCUGGUCCCCCCGAGUCUCUGACCAUAAUGGACGUUACCUCUGACAGUGUGUCUCUAAGCUGGCGACGUCCCGCACAUGUUCCUGGUCUUCUGCAGGGUUAUAAUGUAGAGUUUAAGCAAUUGGCAAGAAAUUGUGAGCAAAAGGAGCAUGUGGAGUCCUGCGUAGAGAGUGAAGAUGUGGAGUGGGUUGAAGGAGAAACCAGCGGAGUCACUCUUUCCCCUCUGCUCAAAUAUAGAGAGUAUCGUAUGAGAGUGGUGGCGUUCACCAGGGCCGGGGCGGGAGAACCCUCAGAGUGGAUCCACACACAGACGCUCGCAGGAAACCCUGAUAACCCUCCUGGUGGCAUCUCAGUGGUUCCUUCUGCCACUGGAUUAAAGAUUGAGUGGGAUGAACCAUCGGUCAUCUCAGGGCCCACCUCAUACAUCAUUGACAUCACUGCUUUGGAUGGUUCGGGAUAUAACGUUAGCUUAGUGCGAUAUUCAGAGGAGAUCAGGACGUUGGUUGUCGGGAACCUGACUGCAUUUACUCUGUACUCUAUUACCAUCACCGCCUUCACGGGGCAGCUUUCCAACGCUCGCAGAGACGGCAAAGCAUCUGAACCCGUACUCGCCAGAACCCUGGAGGAUGAGCCCAAAGAUCCUCCCAAAAAUUUGACAUUGACAGUGAUUCCUGAGGAAGUGACCCGUGUUUAUGUAACAUUCUCUCCACCGGAUGAGCCGAAUGGAAACAUCAGUUCCUACCAUGUUGCCAUCUACCGCAAUGGACAACUGGAUUUCUACAUCAACAGCCUGUCUGUGAUCAGCAACCCUAAUAAUACCAUGACGGCCAUUAUAGAUGGACUGAAGGGUGGAUUCAAUUACAGUAUAAGGAUAGCAGCUGUGAAUGGAGCAGGUUUAGGGCCAAGUUCAGAGGUUCAGAUCACCACCGGUGUGAAAGCUCCACCCAAGCCAACAAAGAAGCCUCGGGCUGCUCUGAACAAUGCAGGUGUCGUCAUCUCAACCUCCAAGACCAUCACCAUCGAGAUGCCUGAAUGUUUCUUCACUGAUGACCAUGGACCAAUCCAAAAAGUCCAGGUCAUAGUUUCUGAACCAGCAGUGAUGGACUUCGGUAAUCUGUCCAACUGGAAGAGUGUUUUCCACCAACCUACUGCUCCGUACCUGACCGACGAGGGCUUCUUGAACCCAGGCUGCUCUGAUAAAUCAGAACGCAUGAGCACAAACACUAACACAUACAUCAUAGGAGCAGACGAGGGCUGCCUGUCUGAAGAUGCCAAGACUCUUUGUAACGGACCCCUCAAGCCCAAAACACAUUAUGUGUUCAAAUUUCGGGCGACAAACAUCCGUGGGCAGUACACAGACUCUGAGUACUCAGAGAGGGUCAGAACUGCAGAUGACCGCCUGCUGACCAGAGAUGAACAGAUCAUUCUUGGUGUCCUGCUGUCAUUUUUCCUGGCAUUGUUUUUCAUUCUGAUUAUUUACGGAUCUGUGAGGAUCCACCGCAGGCAGAAGGAAGGUGGGACGUACUCUCCACGCGAGGCUGAGAUUAUCGAGACAAAGUUCAAGCUGGAUCAGCUCAUUGCAGUGGCCGACUUGGAGCUCAAAGAGGACAAGAUUAAUCGGUAUUCCUCCUUUUUCUUUAGAAGGAAGGAGAUUUUUGUCAUCCAGCUGCUAAGUUACAGGAAAUCUCUCAAGCCAAUCAGUAAGAAAUCAUUUCUUCAGCAUGUGGAAGAUCUUUGUGCCAAUGACAAUGCCAAGUUUCAGGAGGAGUUCGCUGAGUUGCCGAAGUUGCUUCAGGAUCUGGCCACAUCAGACGCUGACCUUCCCUGGAAUCGCUCCAAAAAUCGCUUCACAAACAUUAAACCCUAUAACAACAACCGAGUGAAGUUACUGUCUGAGCCAGGAAUGCCGGGGUCUGACUACAUCAAUGCCAGCUUCGUCUCUGGCUAUCUGUGUCCUAAUGAGUUUAUAGCAACUCAGGGUCCUCUGCCUAGUACCGUCGCAGACUUCUGGAGGAUGAUUUGGGAGACGGGGACCAAAACUAUUGUCAUGCUCACUCAAUGCUUUGAGAAGGGCAGGAUCCGUUGCCAUCAGUACUGGCCAGAGGACAAUAAACCCGUCACUGUUUUUGCUGACAUCAUAAUCACUAAACUCACAGAGGACGUGCGCCCUGAUUGGACAGUCCGGGCACUCAGAGUGGAGAGGCAUGGCAACUACAUGAUUGUUCAUCAUUUCAACUACACCUCAUGGCCAGAACAUGGCGUUCCAGAGUCCAGCUCCACACUCAUCCAGUUUGUCAAAGCGGUUCGCUCCAACAGAGCCCAUGACAACACAACCAUCGUGGUCCACUGCAGUGCUGGUGUGGGCAGGACUGGGGUGUUUAUAGCCCUGGAUCAUCUCAUUCAGCAUAUGAGGGAUCAUGACUUUGUGGAUAUAUAUGGCCUGGUCGCAGAACUGCGCAGUGAGAGGAUGUGCAUGGUGCAAAACCUGGCUCAGUACAUGUUUCUGCAUCAAAGCACUCUGGAUCUGCUGUCCGCAAAAGGAAACAGUCAGUCCAUUUGGUUUGUAAAUUACUCCGCUCUGGAGAAGAUGGACUCGCUGGAUGCGAUGGAGGGUGAUGUAGAACUGGAGUGGGAAGAGACGACAAUGUAACAGGGACACUCUGUCAAUCUGUUGGGAGGAGACAUGGAGACUUAUGAAAUCCAUACACAGACGCUGGGACUUUGGACCCUGAGGCCAAACACUGAGCAAAGGAUAAAAUGAGGAUUCAGAAGCAAACUCAAAUAUUCUCUCCUAAAUGGAUCGACUCUGACUCACAAUCUCUCAUUUACAUCCAGGAGACACUCUCAUCCAUCAAAGUUUUUCUCGUAGUUCUUGUCCAACUUCUGUAAUUAUUUUAUCUCUACCUACUGUAGAAUAUGGUACACUACUUAUGGAAUCAAAAUGGAUCAAACUCCAAAAUUAUAUAGACUAUGUUCUGGAGAAAGAAUAUUCAGCAGUAGGAAGAAACUAAGUUUUUCUUAUGUCCUGUAGUCAAAUGUAUUUUAAACGCAGUUAUUAGAGUUGAGAGUCAUUACAAAUCUAAUGAUUCUGGUUCCAAAAUGAUUUUUUGGGGGGCGGGGGACAAAUUAUGAGAUCAUUUAAGCAGAAGAGUAUUUUUAUUCACAUAGAACGUGAACAUACCCCUCCUUUUAGUCUUCCUCACUCCAAGAAUGUAAAUGACUGUAAACUAAAAUGUUCACAGGUCAACGGAAAAUAACAUUGUUUAUUAGCGCGCGCUCCAGUUACCUUCUGUGAACAUAGUGUGCUCUUUAAAAUGGCAUGAAUUUUGAAUAUCUGUUAAUGUUUUAUAAUUCUGAAAGACUAUUUUACUACAACUAUUUAUUUUAGCGUCCAUAUCAACGGAAAAUAAUGUUAAUAAUUAUGAGUUAUAUAGUCUGCCGCUUUAAGUAGGCCUAAUGUGCGUGAUUUACAGUUACGUAACUUACGUUAUGUGAAGUUAAUCGCAGGCAGCGCGCGCUUUACGGCCGGGUGGAUUUUGAUUGGCUGUCAAUAUUUUAUCGUUUAUCCGCUAGAAAAAAACCCGCCCUGACCGUGAUUACAGAAAUAUUCCACCGCGUCGUUAUCGUUUGGAAGGUGGUGUAAAUGGGACAUUAGAUAGUUUGAGAGGCCUGACAUGAAUUAUAUUUACCCACAAAUGGGGAAAAAUUGCACUUAUUGUUUCAUACGGAAGUUGUGUCGUGUAUAUCUAUGACUAAUGUUUUUCUAAGCAAUAACUGAAGUUUAAAAGAAGGAUCUUUCUCACAGCAUCUCUUCUCCAUCAUUGUCUCUGAAGUUUCAAACUGUGGUGCUUUUUAGACAUUACUUCAACCUUCUGUUAACUCAUGCUAAAGCUGGGGCAGAGUAAGGAGCUCAAUUUCGUAGACAUCCCAGAGUGCAAGGACUCUCAUUCUCUGUAUGGUUGCUUUGAAGAGUGAGAGAGCAUCCAGUGUGAAAGCAGCAAUUCAGGACCCUGGAGAGCAGCACUAAAGCUUGCUGUCGAAACAAAGGGAUGCUGGGAGAACACAAGGUCCUCUAUUGAGAGGACUGUUCAGAAAUGUUGAGGUAUGAUUUCUAUCCAAAUACUGGUAUUGGAUUUCAUCUUUGGGAUUUAGACUAACAGGUCCUCUACAAACUUGAGCAGCUCUUCUGCACUCUGAGAACAGAAGCUCACCACCUGCUUCUUUUCCGAUGAGAAUGGAGACAAUAUCGUGAUUCCAUGAGGGU